UUUUUUUUAUUUCCCCUCUUUACGCGGAGGGAAAGUUGACUCUUUCUUUUUAUCAUCAUCACGAUUUAUUAAAUGCGUAUACCGCCCUCCAGACCAUGAUCUCCGGGCGGUUCACAGCAAUACAGUACAUAGGAAUACAGAGACAAAGAGGCGCAUCGGUGAAAGAGCCAGCGGCGCGCCCGGCCCAGGGGAGGCGCGCGCGGAGGAAUGCGCAACCCGCGGAGCCGCUCUCCUCGAGGCGGGCCUUCCUUCUCGCUGCGGCCCCGUGAUCGCUGCUGGACGGCGGGGGGUGACCAUGCUGCUGGCGCCGCUGCUGGCGAGCGGGCGGCUCCUCCUGGUCCGCGGCAAGGGGCUCCGCGUCCCGGUGGCCACCUUGUCCUCGGGCGCCCGGCGCGCCAGGAAACAGCAGGUAGCGGGGAGAUGCGGGGGGAGCUGGUGGGUGCCGGGGAAGGAGGGGAAAGCGGGCAUGCCGGGAGCAGCAAGGGAGGGACUAAGCGAAGGGCGGAGAAGCAUGGCGGAGCAACGGCCGGCUGGCGACAGGAGAAAGGUGUUGGCGCGCAACGCGGGGGUAGCGCGCGUCUUUACGCGCGUCUUUGCGCGCUUGGGGUGGGGAAGGUCGGCUGGGGCGCGCGGUUGGUGGCGCAGCAAAUGCUGGGCUUGCCUCGGUGGGGCGCCUUUGGCCUGCCCGGCAUGAGAAGGAAGCGGCUUUAUGGGCCAGAAACUGCUCUUCCGUGGAAUCCUAGCAUGGUCUAGUUGGAGGGUCAUGUAGUCCAGCCCUUUGAGCUGCAAGAAUUUUGCAUGCCAGAAAUAAACCCUGCCUCCUAUUAGUUGAAUUAAAUAGCUGCUGCUUCUCAAAGAGAUACUCUGCACAUGCCCAAACACACUAGGGAGGAGGUCCCAUGCAGUGCCUGUCCUUGGCUUGCCUUUGCAUCCUAACCAGGAACCGUGGUUUGUAAGAAACUCCAGUAGUCUGUUAAGCAAGGCAGCUUCAGAGCUCACGGGUUGCAACUGGUAGGUUUUGAAAUGGACUAGAGCAGGGCUGGGGAACCUGUCGCCUGCGAGGUAUUUUUAGACUAAAGAUACCAGAUUUUUUCCAAAGAAUCUGGGGACACUUAAAAAAAAGGGGGGGGGAGAUAUUUUAAAAAGAAGAAGUAAUAUCUUCUCUUUUGUGGUCUCCUCUGUCACGCAGCCUACUCUCUUGGAGCGCUAGCCGCCAUGGAGUAGGCACAGUUGGGCUGGGCUUGGCCACGUGUCCUUGCCCUCCCGGUGUGCUCCUACCUCUCCUCAGUGGUGGCGGUGUGGCACGGUUGGGGCUCCCCUCUUUUUUCUCCUUCCUCUUUCUCUCUCUUCCUUCUCCUCUCCUCCUCCUCCCUGCAUUGGCUCUGGGUUUUUACUGGCCUUGGAGCACCACUGGGCAGUCAGCCGGGUGGCCGGGCGCUCUCUCUCCUGGCUCGAUUUGGGUCGCGGUGGGGGGGGUCAGCGGUUCCCUCAGCUGACGCGCCAGGCGUUCCCAGUUCCCCUGCAGCAGUGGCAGUCUCAGCAGCCCAGAGCCAGCCUGGUAACGCAGUUGGCUCUGGCUGGCUUCAGGAGCUGCUUGCUGCCGUGGCGCCCGCCAUUUUGCCUCACCGAAAGUCCCCAUAUGAUGUGUCGUGUGCCGCUGAACCAAACACGCAACAUUCAUUCCCUACUAAUAAAUCUGCAACACUUAAAAUAUAAAUCCGGGGACAUUAAAUGAAAUCUGGGGACAUUCCAGGGACGGAUUUUGUCCGGGGACAGAUUUGUAAAUCCGGGGACUGUCCCCAAGAAAUGGGGAUGAUAUGUUAGACUGCACCUCCCAUCCCGUGAGGGACGGCCACAGACAGGUUCCCCACCCCUUGAGGUGCAGUUUAUUUUGAAAUUUAAAUCAUAAUUCCAGGUUCACACAUAAAGACAACUUGGGAUUCGGGGCAAGUAACAUUGAACCCCACACCUGACUGCGUGGGAGGAGGUUAGGGUGAACUGUGCAAGUCUGCUGUCUCCAUUUUGUUUCUGCGGAUAGUGCCAACCUUGGUUUUAGCAUUUUGUGUGAAUGUGGCAACCCAAACAGAGGGUUGUAUCCAUUGCAUAUGUGGAACAAUUUCUGUGAGUCCAGCAGAACUCCCCUUUAUGCCCUAAGUCCCUCUGAAAUGAAUGGGGAAAUAAGGCUCUCAAUGGCUCCAUGUCACAGUGGAUAUAUAUUACUUCCAUUGUGCUUCUAAAUGUCAGUUACUGAGGAUCAUGCAUGCUAUUCUGCUCAUUCCCACUUUGUGGGCUUCACAUAGGCUGGUGUGAUCCAGCUGGGCUCUUGUGUUUUUAUGUUAUAAAGGCCAUUCAGUAGCUACGGAGGGGCUUUUGUGUCUUGGGUCUCUGUAACAUGAGCAAUAUCCUGUGGGCCUACUGUGUCCUUGUCAGGAGCCAGAAACCUCUUGGAAAUAAUCCUGUUUGGUUUGGGCCAACCUAAAUUGAGAUGAGCAACAAGGUACAGUCAUACCUCGGGUUGAAGUAGCUUCGGGAUAAGUAUUUUUGGGUUGCGCACUGCAGCGACCCGGAAGUAACGGAGCGCGUUACUUCCGGGUUUUGCCGCAUGCGCAGAAGGUCAAAAUGACGGCAGACGCGGGUUGGUGUUCGCUUCUGGAUGCGAACGGGGCUCCGGAACGGAUCCUGUUCGCAUCCAGAGCUACCACUGUAUAUCAGAAACACAACACAAGGCUUUCGCUUGCCUGUUUUUGGAAAGGACCCAAAUCUUCCCACAAACUUCCACCUCUUGGCCACGCCCAGCCUUAAAGAGCUGCGUUUAUGGUUAAUGAAGUGGGCAGGACCUGUUAGGAGACGUUGCAGAGGCGGGACUAAGGUUCCCUCUUCUGCUAUAAAGGCUGCAGACUCUGCCGAGUGCGUAGCUUCAAAUACAGCUGGCAACGGAUCAACACGGCAGUGUCAUGGGUGUAAAUAAGGUGCGUGGUAAGGGGGGAAUUGUGGAAAGUAUUCAGUUAGCUGGUUGAUGGCAUGUUUGCAGAGGGCUGGAGAGUGUGCAAACCAUGUGCAUUAUGUUCGUGCUAUGAAUAGGAGUUUUCCACUAAUAAUAAUAAUAAUAAUAAUUUAUUAUUUGUACCCCACCCAUCUGACUGGGUUUCCCCAGGGACUCUGGGCGGCUUCCAACAAAGAUUAAAAAUGUGCCUGCUUGUUUUAGAUAUUUUCCUGAAGCAUUGCUCUUGUCAGAAAGCUGGUAUUUUAUGAGCUGGCUUAGGCAGAGGUGCACUUUGAUGGGCAAGGCCACCUAAAAUUGUGUUUUUAAAAGUCCUCCUGGUCUCAGUGGAAGAACUAAGCUGGCACCCAAAAGUCAACUCGGGUUGAAAUUGAUCUAGUAUUAAAAAGUGCUUAGUUGGAACAGGGUCGCGCCUUUUUAUUUAGCUUGAAAAACAUUGACUCAGAGACUCUGGAGAUGCAGGAUACAGAAUGAAGUGAAGGAUGUGGAAUGAGUACUGGGUAAACAGUGAAUCAAGGAUAAAUUCUGCGUUCUGUUCUGCAAGUGCUUUCAUAAUUUGUGGGCGCCUUGAGUUGGUCAAACUGGAUAUUACAUUUCACCUGUUCUUAUAAUUGCUCUCUAUGUUUUACAUACAUUAUAAAAUGAAUUAAUAAAAAACCGACAAAAAAAGAAUAUUGGAUAUUACAGGGCAGUCUCUCUUCCCUUUCCCAGUAUAAUGAUUUAUUUUAUUUUUUAAGCAAAAGCAAUCUGGGUAGGGGGCAAGUCUGAGCCGACGGAGAGUCUGCUUGCUUAAACCAUUUGUCUCUGUAAAUUUUUCAGUCCAAGGACAUGAAAAGCAGCUCAGGAAGUAUGAUUUUGGGGUUGUGUCUCUCCAAGCUGCUUUUCAUAUCUCCCCCAUCCCGGACAGGGGAGAAGAGCAAGUUGAAUUCAGAUUUUGAGCUGAAAAAUGAUUGAGAGGGAAAAGCUCCUCCAGCUACUUGCCCUCUCUUCAGGUCUGUAUCCUGCCAAGGCCAUUUUGAUUUCAGGAAACAAAACCGAGAGGGAGGAAAGAAUAAUGAAAGGACCCCUUGUAACAUCUAGUUUGGACUUAGGAAUGCUGCUGAGGCAAGUUGAACAGCUGAAGAGAGAAACCGGGUCAGAUCAGAUGAUCUUUUCCCCUGUGAAGGGGGCUGGGUGGGCAAGAUCAUUUCUUCUUUCCCAGUGAGUGUGCCUGUCCUGCCAGGAUGUCUGUGUCUAUUGUUCAGUGUACAUCUUCCUGAACAGUGUGAAGAGAGUGGUACUUCAAUUAGUUUGGAUGUGUAGGUCAGUUUAGAUGUGCAGAUAUACAGUGGUACCUCAGGUUACAGACGCUUCAGGUUACAUACGCUUCAGGUUACAGACUCCGCUAACCCAGAAAUAUUACCUCAGGUUGAAAACUUUGCUUCAGGAUAAGAACAGAAAUCGUGCGGCGGCAGUGCGGCAGCAGCGGGAGGCCCCAUUAGCUAAAGUGCUGCUUCAGGUUAAGAACAGUUUCAGGUUAAGAACAGACCUCCGGAACGAAUUAAGUAUUUAACACGAGGUACCACUGUAUAUACCUUACAAUUUCCCAUCCUAAAGACUUCCAUAUUGCUUUACACAUUAUAUGCAGACUACUUGACUACUUGCAGAUUAGCAUGUUGAUUCCAGAAUAAGUUUCACACAAAGGUAGUUUUUCAGUGGCUCAUUCAGUGAAGUCGAGGUGUGUGCACAGACUGGUUUUCCAAAGCCCUUUAAGGCAAAGUGCAGCAUUUAAAAGUUGACAAGUGGCUUUUCCUUGCUCAAUAAAUAACCAAGCGGACUUUGGUAUCAUUCUUCUCAUCACCUUCCUUGGUUUUCCCAACUGGUUCUUCCACUCAUUAUUUUCCCCCCUCCUAUACUUAUCCAUGAAUUGCUAACUAGUUUAAACUUGUGCAGUUUCAGGCUGUGAUAUAGAUCGCCCUUUCAGUAUUUGCCAUGACACAGAAUAUUGCUACAUAAGGAACAGUCUUUAGACCCACAAGGGGAACUUGCUAUAGAAACUACAGUCUGCAGUCUCUGUUUUCUGAUGAAUCGGGGAAUGCAGUAAUAAAUUAGUCAAAUGGACCAAUUAAAAUCCGUCUCCCUGAUGUUACAAUAUCCCAUUUUACAUUUCCGUUGAGUUUCGUUUUGCCUGCAGGUCUUGGGUUCAACAGGGACACGGGUGGCACUGUGGGUAAAACAUCAGCGCCUAGGACUUGCCAAUCACAUGGUCAGCGGUUCGAAUCCCCGCGGCGGGGUGCACUCCCGUCGUUCGGUCCCAGCGCCUGCCAACCUAGCAGUUCGAAAGCACCUCCGGGUGCAAGUAGAUAAAUAGGGACCGCUUACCAGCGGGAAGGUAAACGGCGUUCCGUGUGCUGCGCUGGCUCGCCAGAUGCAGCUUGUCACGCUGGCCACAUGACCCGGAAGUGUCUGCGGACAGCGCUGGCUCCCGGCCUAUAGAGUGAGAUGAGCGCACAACCCUAGAGUCUGGCAAGACUGGCCCGUACGGGCAGGGGUACCUUUACCUUUACUUGGGUUCAACAGGAGGCAGAAUGUUCUAUGUCCCAAUUUGUGCAAUGCUUACCUGAUUUUCUUACCUGAUUUUCUCAUGCUUGGCUCAAUCUCAGUGCCAACCGCCUUAAUUCAGCCACAUGGCUACGACUUUUUCCUAAUCACAUCCUUCUGCUAUCUGUGCUCGAAUCCAAAUCACACCUCCAAAGGGACAACUUCAAAGAGUUUGCCGUCAGCAAACCCCCACUUGCAAAGGAACAAUCGGGAGUGUGCUUGAAACCUUUGCAGCUGUGUUACUCCCUGCCCCACAUCUGGCUGUAAUUAUGGCGGCCGGAUGGAGCAGAUGGCAUUGCUAGGGGAAAACUGGCUCUUGGUCCUGCACGAUGGAAGUUGCCCGCCACUGUUUUGCAGUCUAGCCCUGCCUUUCUCAACCUUAGGUCGCUAGAUGUCGUUGUACUACAACUCCCAUCAUUCCUAUCUACCGUGGCCAAUGGUCGGGGAUGAUGGGAGUUGUAGUUCAGGAACAUCCAGGAGCCGAAGGUUGAGAAAGGCUGGUCUUAGACUGUUUUCUGACUUGCUUUGUUCUGUCUCUGGGAUGAGGAGCUUGUGACUCUCCCCUAAUCACUGACCAUCACAUAGCUGUCAACGUUUUCCCUUUUUUAAGGGGAAUUCCCUUAUUCCGAAUAGGAUUCCUCGCAAGAAAAGGGAAAAGUUGACAGCUAUGGACCAUCAGUCAGGCUGGCUAGGUCUGGGGCUGUUGAUACAGCAUUAUAGUCCAUAGGGAAGUUUUUAAUGUUUGAUAUUUUAUCGCUUUUUUUUGUUCUGUUGGGAGCUGCCCAGAGUGGCUGGAGAAACCCAGCCAGAUGGGCAGGGUAUAAUAAUAAUAAUAAUAAUAAUAAUAAUAAUAACCAACAACAACAACAACAACAACAACUAAAAGCUCCUCCUUCACUCCCCGCAAACCCCUGGAAGUAAUUUGCAAUUGCUAUGUAGGACAGCAUCUAAAAAGUAACCCUCUUUUUGUUUUCUUUUUAAAGGGCCUUGUCCUAGGAGUCUUUGUCGGCAAGAAAGAAGAGGGACCCGUCCAGUUUACUGAAGCAGGAGACGCUUUUGACAAAGUCGUGUCUGGGAAGCUCAGAGAGUUGCUGGCAAUGUAGGUACCAAAACAGGUUCCCUUCUGUUUAUUUGGCAGUCAUGAAAUAGCAUGAGCCCAUCCAGGGAGAAGCAAGCCUUGUACAUAGCUGAGGAGCAGGUACCUGCUUACAACGUGGGAUAGCUCAGUCGGAAGACCAUGAGACUCUUAAUCUCGUGUUUGUUUUGUGUUCUAGUUCAGGACCUCCACUGAAGAAAGGAAAAACCCGCAUCUUUCAUGGCUUGCAUCAGGUAUGGAUUUACUGUUUUCUUAAGUAUGUUAACCUAACUUAUGCCUCCAAAGCUGUUGUUUUAAAAUAGCAAUUCAUCAAAUAUUUCAUUACAUUCAAUGAGACUUAUGAGUAUCAGGUUGCAGUCAGCACUUUUUUUCAACUCCCCGACACUUUCCUAUCUGAAAAUUUUCGUGUUUUAUAUGAUCUUUCAUGUGGUGUAAAAGUCACUUUUGGAAUUCUAAUGGAAGUGUAGCACUAAUUUCCAUGUCAAUUGCUUCCAGGAAAAAGUCCACUUGAAACCAAGUGAAGGGAAAACUCAUAUUAAGAAAGAAAAAAUAAAAAUCCCUUUUACUGAUGAGUUUCCAUUUACCUUGGUUUUGCUGUGCUCUCUGUAAGUAUGAAGGGAAUGGCAGUGGCUUUGGUUAAACUGCCUGUCUGCUACAUGAAGAAUUUGCUAUGUGCACUAUUUCGCUAGUUAUGUGAGGCAAAAAGGUGCAGAAGUAGACACUUGGAUGAUUGGAGUUCAAUACUUGGGUAAUGCUUGCUUAAGCAAAGUAUGGUGAAAUAAGGAGUCGCAAUGGGCGGUUGUCUACAAGCUUAUCAUGCAGAGAGCAUGCUGAAGGCUGCCUAAUCAAAAUGCACAUGCGCCGGGAGUUGGAGUGAUGUAUGCAAUGUGUCCUAAAAUAUCAUGUAUCCUUAGAAUGCAGUUCCUGUGUGGUGUGGUGUUAUUUCCAGCAGCGCUCUCACCUUUUGUGACCACAAAAUAAAGUCUUUCUUGACUUAAUCCUCUCUCUCUCUCUCUCUCUCUCUUUGGUGACUGACUUUAGCCCGGAGAAUUCUGGGAGUUUUGUUCUAUUAUUCUCCUCUGGUUUUCAUGGCUAGUAUAUUCCAUAUCUUUCUAACUGACUUAAUUGCUUCAAGAGUUGUUGGAACUUUCAGAUAUUUUGAUUCUAAUACUGCUCACCCAACCAAAGGCUAUAUUAUAUGUACGGUUGUCCAACUCGGGAGAUUAAGAACAUCAGCAGGUCUCCAGUGUUUGAUACUUGUCAGUAAAUAAGCAUGAUGGUAUCAUUGCAGCUUUGCAAUUCCAAAUCCACCUUUCUUAAUUUGUAACUGCAUUUUUCUGCAAUGAUCUUCUCAGUAAAUUUGAAACCCAAAGACAUUUCUUAAAGAGGGGGUUUCAUGGCCCACACUUGCAUGUCAAAAUUUGGGGGCAGUAUUCAGGCACACGGUUCUUUCCUCCCAUUCUCAUGGUUGAACAGGGGAACAGAAGCACACCUGCCCAGGUGUCUGAAGACAUGUACUGCUGUGUCAUGGGUGUGAAUGGAAAUGAGCAUGAUAUGGCAGUAUAGCAGUCAAAAAGCCAUAGCUCCACAAUUCAUCAGGUAAAAGGUAAAUGUAAAGGACUCCAGACAGUUAAGUCCAGUCAUGAAUGACUCUGGGGUUUGAACUGCUAGGUUGGCAGGAGCUGGGACCGAACAACGAGAGCUCACCCCAUUGCGGGGAUUCGAACCGCCAACCUUCUGAUCGGCAAGCCCAAGGCUCAGUGGUUUAGACCACAGCGCCACCCACCAAUGUUUGAUACUUGUCAAUAAAUAAGCAUGAUGGUAUCAUUCCAGAUUGGGACUUCCAAAUACACCUUUCUUAAUUUGUAAGUGCAUUUUUCUGCAGUGAUCUUCUCAGUACAUUUGAAACCCAAAGACAUUUCCUAAAGAGGGGGUUUCAUGACCCACACUCGCAGGAGAAAAUUGGGGGCAGUUUUCAGGCACACAUUUCUUUCCUCCCAUUCUCACGGUUGUGGUGUAAAAGGAACAUUAGAAAUCGAGAUGGAAGCACUAGCGUUGUAACCAGGGAAACUGACACAAUAAUCCCCGUGCUCAAAUGCACCCAAAGGUCACCAUACCAUAUUAACACGGAGAAAGUGAAAUCUCACCAUUGCCUUUCCAGCAGCUAUCUGUUUUUGAUUCUCUGGAACCAACAGGAUGCAGCCAAACUAGAUAGGAUUGUGGCAGGUCUGUGUGCAGAGUGGGGUUUCCUGCUGAAUCCUUAUAAGGUGGCACUGAACCUAGGGUGGGGAAAAGAGAAUUAAAAUCCCACCCCCACCCCAAACCAUUUCAGGUUCAAACGGAUGUGGGCAGUGGAAGAAAGUAGCUCCUCCAGGCAGCCCAUGUUGUGUUUUAAAAUCUCCCCAUCCCCACUUCAUGGGGAAUUAGCAGAACCGACUGCUGUUCAUAGCUGCCUGCUCUCUGAGACUACCUCAAAAGUAAGGCUUCAGGAAUAGUAAAGGGCUCUUGGGUGCAUGUGGUAAUUCAGAGAUAAGAGCAGUUGAACAGUUAAUGCUGAAUUGGCAAGAUAGGACAAUUAAUGCUGAGUGAGAAAACUGGAAUACUGAGAUAAAGAGGGUUUUUAAAAAAUAAAGAGGAACUUGGCUUGAAUGUCACUGAAACCAGCCUUUAUCUCUUUAUUCUGAGGUGUUCUACUGCAGCUAAUCAGCAUUUAUGAGUAACAUUAUUAUGAUGCAAUCUCCUUUAGAGUGGACCUGAGGUGCUUAGAGCAGCAUCGGGGAAUCUGUGGCCCUCCAGAGGUUGUUGGAUUCCAGCUCCUCUCAGCUACAGCUGGCAUGAAUAAUAGUGAGGAAUGAUGGGAGAUGUAGUUCAGUAACCUCUAGGGGGUCACAGGGUUAAAAGUCCUGGACACAGUGAAAACUAUGUCUUUGGUGUGAACAUAGAGCACUGCAUAAAAGCUUUGGAGCGAGCGUUUUCUUGGCAGGGAAUGUGUAACAGACCCGCAGGAUCUGCACCAAGUUCUCCUGAAGUCAUUUUUAGGAAUCCUCUGUUUGGUGCUAAUCUUUUUUUUAAUGACCCUUUGUGGUACAUUUCACUGUUGGGCUUACUGUCGUACUUCUUAAACAUCAAAUCUAUAUCAUUUGAUAGCCUGUGAUAUUUAUUUGGGUGGAUGUGUGUGUGUGUAUAUAACAACAGUUUUUAAGUCCUUCCCACUAUUCCUCUUCGUCGUUUUUGAAAGGGAAGAAUCUUGCAAAGGGUUUCAGUUACUCUCAUCUGUGCUGAGGGUUGCUUCAUGAGCCCAGUGGGCUUUCUAAAGAAAGAAAAUGUGCAUAGGUGAUUGAAAAGUUUGGAAAUCAUGGCUGGUGCAAAAUCAUGUGAUGUUUACAUGUAGGAAAAAGUUUGGAUGUGAAGAGUAGAUUUGAGGUUGCUUGUGAUCAUGUGGCAUGUUAUACUUUGCAGUGUCCUGAAUGUCUCUUGUUUCUUACCUCUUGUGAUUUCCAGUUAAAUGGCCGUGUCAGUUUCUUAUUUUAUAAAAUGUGUAUCUCCUUUAUUCAAGGUAGUUCGCCAUUCAAACAACACCUAAAUGAUACAGAUGAAAAGAAAACUCAAAUUUUAAAAAGCAGUUUCUUAAAUAUGUUGAGUUACAUUUUCCUAAAAAUUAAAAAGGGAGGUGCUUUGUUGCGCUGCCUCAAAGUGACCACCUAAAAGCCAGGCCGGGGCUGAUAGAAAUUGAAGUCCAACAUCUGGAACCCUACAGUUUCCUCCAUCUCAUCUCCAGGGACGGACUCUUAAGACGUUCAGAUCCCUGUGGAGCCUUAAAUAUAAGCUUCCCAUUAAUUUCAGUUGAGCUUCUGCAAGGGAACAUUAGUGUAUUCUGGCACGCUAAUAACAAAAAGGCAACACAAACAUAUUUCAAAGUAUUCUUCAUAAUUACAGGGUGCCGUUGGUUUUCUGAAAAGAUUUAAUAAUGUUUCUUUGCUGUUGGAUUCCUGCAGGACUUUUCAAGUGUAGUUGUUGUUGGCUUGGGCAAGAAGGCAGUUGGAGUGAAUGACCAAGAAAACUGGAAUGAAGACAAAGAAAACAUACGGGCAGCUGUUGCAGGUUAGCUUUUUUCUUUUCUUGUGAGUUGUUCUGUAAUCUAUUAAAUGGGACGUGCUGCAUUCUGAAGAUACUUGCUGGUUUCAGAGCUAGGGCCUCUUAGAGCUACUGACCCAGGCUGCACUCCUGUGCCUACUUCUUGUUGUUGUUGUUUAGUCGUUUAGUCGUGUCCCACUCUUCGUGACCCCAUGGACCAGAGCACGCCAGGCACUCCUGUCUUCCACAGCCUCCCGCAGUUUGGUCAAACUCAUGCUGGUAGCUCCGAGAACACUGUCCAACCAUCUCGUCCUCUGUUGUCCCCUUCUCCUUGCGCCCUCAAUCAUCAGGGUCUUUUCCAGGGAGUCUUCUCUUCACAUGAGGUGGCCAAAGUAUUGGAGCCUCAGCUUCCGGAUCUGUCCUUCCAGUGAGCGCUCAGGGCUGAUUUCCUUCAGAAUGGAUAGGUUUGAUCUUCUUGCAGUCCAUGGGACUCUCAAGAGUCUCCUCCAGCACCAUCAUUCAAAAGCAUCAAUUCUUUGGCGAUCAGCCUUCUUGAUGGUCCAGCUCUCACUUCCAUACAUCACUACCGGGAAAACCAUAGCUUUAACUAUAUGGACCUUUGUUGGCAAGGUGAUGUCUCUUCUUUUUACCUACUUACCCAAGGGUAAGUCCAAAAGAUUUCAGUAGGAAUUACUUCUGAGUAGAUGUGGUUAGGCCUGCGCUGCAAAUCAAACCGCUCUCAGGCAUUGCGUGCAGAUGUGGCUUUUUAAAAUGCCAAAUAAGCAUCAUUAGCACCCAAGGUACUAAUAAUGGCAUAAGCUCAAAAUAAUGGCUGCAGACUUUGGCCUGUUGUAAUUGCUCAGUCAUCACUGUGCCACAGGCCAAUUGUGGGUGAGGCACUCUCUUACUCUUGCUGAAUUGCCUGCAGGUAGAAGUUGCUUGAUAAAUGUAUCCCAAGUGCACUAAUGGGCCAUAUAUUAAUAAACCAGCUUCUCCUUUGAGUUGUCUUAACUGGUGACAUGAACUUUACCAAGUUGAUUUGUAAUACCAGAGAGACGGAGCCUGAUAAAAUUUUAAAAAUCUGCCUGUUCCCUUCCUUUCUCUUUCCCCCACCCCCCUCCAGUCCUUAAUGUUGCAAACGUGUAUAUUAUUUUUCAGGCUUAGAAUAAAAAAUGUAAGCAAUAACAAAACAAAGAGAGAAAGAAAGAAAAAUCAGAAUUUAACAAAAAUAAUUUAUUAUAGAAUGCAAAGGGGAAAACGUAGAAAUGAAUAUACAGAAGUCGAAUUGCUGUGGAGGGAAGUGGAGGGUGGGUGAUGGGUUUUAUAAUUAAGUGUAUAAUUAUGCAGCUGGUGUAAUUCAGAUACUGUAUUUUAUGUCAGGGAAUCAUUGGGAAUUUUGGUUAUUAUGUAUAUAUGUUAAGUUUCAAUAAAUAUCUUUGAAAAUUUAAAAAAAAUAAUAUUAUUUUUCAGCUGGAUGCAGGCAGGUUCAGGACUUGGAGGUCCCUUGUGUGGAAGUCGACCCUUGUGGCGACGCUCAAGCUGCGGCGGAAGGAGCUGCCCUAGGACUCUAUGAAUACGAUGAACUGAAGCAAAAGAAGAAGCCUGUGGUGGACGUUCAGCUCUACGGGAGGUGAUUGGCUGAGAAAUAACAUUUGUAUGGUUCUGGGAUCAACGUGCUUGUUCUUCGUUCCCUUAAAAAGGGGUCAUCACAUGCUGAAAGAAUAUGUAAAGGGGGUUUGGGAGGGGAGAGACAUGGAUUAGCCCCAUCUGCUGUUGGUGGUGUCCACAACGGCCAUGCCCCCUCCCCCAGUACGUGGGUUCUGUGUGUGUCUACAAAGGGGCAACCGUGCCCAGUCAUGUGCGUAUAUUGGCAUACUUAUGGGCCCUCAUCACAUGCCAGCUUAAAGCAGGGGGCACUGUGUGUGUUGCUGGUUGACACAUUCUUUCAUUGUAUGGAGGGUGUAAUCUGAACCCCCUUUUUUGAAUUCAAAAACAAAAUGCACGGGUCUUAUUUGCAAAGACUUCCUUUUUAUAGGAAGGUGAGGCAUAGAGGGACGCGGGUGGCACUGUGGGUUAAACCACAGAGCCUAGGACUUGCCGAUCAGAAGGUCGGCGGUUCGAAUCCCCGCAACGGGGUGAGCUCCCGUUACUCAAUCCCUGCUCCUGCCAACCUAGCAGUUUGAAAGCACGUCAAAGUGCAAGUAGAUAAAUAGGUCCCGCUUUGGCGGGAAGGUAAACGGUGUUUCCGUGCACUGCUCUGGUUCACCAGAAGCGGCUUAGUCAUGCUGGCCACAGACCUGGAAGCUGUCUGCGGACAAACGCCGGCUCCCUUGGCCUAUAGAGCAAGAUGAGCGCCACAACCCCAGAGUCGUUCGCAACUGGACUUAACUGUCAGGGGUCCUUUACCUUUUAAGGCAUGGAUAAAGUAAGAUUCUCUUUAAUAAGAUCUGUACGAGAAGUGAGAAUCAAACCUUCCAAAUGAAAAUUAAUUGAGUCCUCUUCAGGUGCCAGCAUAGUCUAUAUUGGGGUAGUGGCUGACAUACAACUGGUACUAAAUAAAUGUUACAUUUAGACUCUUUAGCUUACUGAUUUUGGUCAGGCAUUUGCUACAUUUGAAUAUGGUGCUUAGUUUUAAUGGCCUACAUAGCUUGGUAUCUGGGUACUGGAAGUAAUAUCUGUUCCCACUUCAACUCUGGUCAUCUUUGAAGGCUAUUCUCUAGGUCCCUCUGCCAUCUGAUGAGGGUGGGUGGUUGUCUCUGUCUAGUGAAGUUCUCCUGGCACCGGCCCUCAUGUCUCUUUGGCACCAGACAAUUUAUUUCUACCUUUCCCAAGUCUUUCAAGAGUAAGGUUUUGCUGUUGAUGUUUGCGGUUUUGUUGUCCCUGUUCAUCUGGUCAACCAGCUUAAAAUUCUACAGUUCUGCAAUGUUUGCCGGUAGAAGGAGAGUCACUGAUUUAUGGCAUUUCAGUUCUGUGAUGAUAUUUUAUUGAGUAUCCUUCUGUAUUCCUGUUUAGCGAUGGAGCUGAGGCCUGGCGGAAAGGCCUUAUCUACGCCAAGGGACAGAACUUGGCCAGAUCCCUCAUGGAAGGUCCAGCCAACCACAUCACGCCUACCCGAUUUGCUGAAAUUAUUGAAAAGAAACUUAAAAGUGUCUGUAGCGAUGCAACUGUCCAUAUAAGGUGAGUUCAGUUGAAAUAAUUCUCUCACAAUGGCAUUGAGUGAGAACUCUUAGAUUUGUGCCUGCUUUCAGUUGCUUGCUGUGAGCUAGUGAUGGGUCAGCGCUGCUUCACAGACCUCUCCUUGGGUUAUCUUUGCUGGUAGCAUUAGGGAAUUGGCGUGUAUUGGUCCUCCAUUGGAAAAGGAUAAAUUUCCUCACUUCAGCUACAGUAGUCCAAAAAAGUUUGAUGCAAUGUGUCAAACCACUGGGACCUGAUAGCUGUUGUCAAGUUAUCAUUUUAAGCUUAAAAACCACAAAUACUGCAGCAAUUAAAAUCCACCAACCUUCCAACUGCUAUGAAGUCUUAUGUAAAUACAUCUUUCUCUGCUUUUUGCUGUCUGGAAAGUCCUGGCUUUCAGUUCAGUUUUGGUGGUUCACCCAAUCAAAGCAGAAUUUUUGGGACUGUUCUUUACUAAAUUGGCUCUAGGUGGUUUGCCAGAAGCUUCAAAAGGCCAACUGCCCAUGUUACUUUACCAUCUAUGUUUCUUCCCCUGCCUCUUUCCUUUCCUGCCCCAAGCUUGCUUAUACAGAGAAGCUGCUUUUUUCAUAUACAGAACAGAACUGUAUCCAUCACCAGCUUCAUUUAAUGAGAAGGCUGUUUUGGUUUAACUUUUGUGGUCAAAAACCGCAGGACAAUCACUUUUGAAAUGCCUUAUAAACAGAAUAGAGCAAAAGGUUAAGCUAGGUCUUUUGCUUUGUAAUUGCCCUAUAAUUUGGGGGGCAGGGGGAGAUACUGCUUUGCAGAUAGAUUGAGACUCUGCAGUUGAAUUUGUGCCCUUUUGCAAACUGGGGAUGCUUUUCCAUUGUUCCAGGGAUAAGUCCUGGAUAGAAGCAAAAGAGAUGGGAUCGUUCUUGAGUGUUGCCAAAGGCUCUGAUGAACCACCCGUCUUUUUGGAGCUCCACUAUAAGGGAAGCUGUGAUGCCAGUGAGCCUUCAGUGGUGUUUGUUGGGAAAGGAAUUACUUUUGAUAGGUAAGUAUUGUGCAUACCUUUGGAAGCAAAAUCUGAAAAUCCAGUCAGGUGUUCUCUUUAAUCAACAAAGAAAGAAGCAAUCAGAGAACUGCCUUUUCUCCAAAGUACACAUAUUUCAGUUAGAGCUGUUGAUUUAUUUGCAGGGUUACUGGGUGAUUAACCCUCUUUAAUGAUUAAUCAGUUAGGUGAUUCAACAUUACUUUGACCCAGUAUUGGGAAAACUAAUCAUCCAAUAGUUAGCAUAGAUGUUGGUUUUAUUUAUUAUAAUUAUAUCCCCAUUCACACAUGUUAAUCGCUCAACCUGAAGCGGUGACUUGCAUGUGUGAAGACAGAAUUUUUUGUAUCGCCUGGAAAUCAAUUCUUUGUGUACUGCCCUGAGAACUUCUGGUUUUUGUUGUGUAGUUGAACGCAGGCAGUUAUCUAGUAUCUGCUUCCAGAUUUUUCCUGCCAAGUUUGUGGACUUCAUAGCACAGUGGGUAGGAGUAAUCUGUGCCCUCGCAUUCAUGAAAGCCUCUUGGAUUCAGCAGAGGCAUCUGCCAGUAGAAGGUGGGAGUUGGAUUUUAUUAAUUCCUGUCUUCUUUGUGACCCCACCAAUCUGUUCCAGAGUCUUGGGGGACCCUUGGAACAGGAGAGGUGGUACAAGCAGCUGCAGGAGAAGGGGGGGAUUUGUGAAAACAGCGUCCCACCCUCCUUCCAUUCACAGAUGCCUCUGCUGGAUUUGUAAAUGGAGGGACAACUGUACACAACACAAUGCCAUGUUUUCCAUGGGUGUGCCUUUUUAGAAAGGGGAAAAUGGUCAUUUUCUAUCAAAGGUAUAUUUGGGCAAGAUGUGGGAAGGGAGGUGUUGGUAGUUGCAGCCAUUUGCAUUCAGAAAUUGGAGCCUUCCGUUCACGCCUGGUUGUGGUAAUCUCUGACCGCUUUUCUCCAGUGGCGGCAUUUCCAUCAAGCCGUCUGCCAACAUGGAUGCCAUGAGAGCCGAUAUGGGAGGAGCAGCCACCAUCUGCUCUGCCAUUGUGACAGCUGCGGAACUGAAGUUGCCCAUUAAUUUAAUCGGUAAGUGGAAUAGGAGGAGCGGGUGAAGAAUGCGUAAAAGGAGCCAGGCACAGAAAGACCCGUGGGGGUAUUUGUGGGAAUGUUUAGGGAUGUGGGGGAGGAUAUAUUGUCUAAGAUAUCCUAUCCCAACUAGUCUACAAGUUCAACAAACUCAGCAGAGUUAACAUUCCCCCUUUUUAAACACACGCACAGCAGAUAGCUUGCUCAGACUCGUUAGAGUCUCUGUAAAUAUUUCCUGGUAUUUUCCCCGUUUAAUCCCUCCUAAAAUAAAACGCUACGCAGUCUUCUGUAAAGUAUAAAACAUUUACUCACAAGUAAUCAUCUGUUCACACAAAGGUUCCCAGAAGGCAGACUUAAAAGGUUAGAACAUAGUUUAAAUGUGAUGACUAUCUCCUUAUGGGAGAAAGCCCCCCUUUUCUUCUCUCGGCCUGGAGCAAAGGGUGCAUCUUAGUAGUGCUGUUGUUAAGAUGGCAUUGAUAGAGACAAGAGGAGACAAGAUGGUCGCCAGCCUGUGCUUCUGGUUCUUUCUACUUCAGGAAAGGCUACGUCCAUCUCAAGUUGCACAUAGGAAGUUUCGUCUCAGUCCUGGAAAGGAGGAAGUUCCGGCUGGAGGACUGAGACAACCUUCAUGUCUACUCUAGCAAUGUUGUGUUUGACUGCACCUGAUUCUUACAUCCCACAGUAUUUCAGUAACAUGCUUUCGCAACAUACUGUAUAUUGAGACGUGUGGUAGCUCCACCUAGCCCAGAUUUUCUGCUCUGACUGGCAGUGUGACUCUCCAAGAUCUUGGACAGAGAAGACAUUCCCUGAUCUGCUGUCUGGAGAGCCUGGGGUUGAGCGUAGGACCUCACGCACAUGAACAAAGCACGCAUUGGCUACCACAGAUAUGGUUCUUCCCUGAACCUUCCUGCAGCCUUGGUUUGCCCCAUGGCUUCUUGCUUGUUCUCCAACCUCUCUGAAGUUUGUUAGGGGUGUUGAGUGCUGUUCAGUGACCCCUGUUCCCCUCGCAAAGGUAGAGUUUCUAGAGUGGUUUAAUGUGGAACUCUUGGAACUGUAGAUCUUUCAUGGAAAUAGGGGACCCCAAGCAACUCUCAGCUCCCUUAAUGAACUGCGUUUCCCAGGAUCCUUUGGGGGAAGAAGCCAUGAUGGUUUAAAGUGCCUUAAGUGUGUGGUACAGGUUGGGCCUCGGUUUCCAGUAACCUGGCACCAAAGGAAGAACACAUCUUCUAAAUAAAAUGUCAGUACAGUCAAACCUCUAUUUACCACCGUCUCUUCUUACGGUUGUUCCAAGUUGCGACUGCGGCAAGCCCAGAAGUAACCGGCGGGUGGGUUUGCCGCCAUUCGCGCAUGUGCAGGAGCGGCGAUCACCGUUCGCACAUGCGCAGAAGCGGGCAAUUGCCGCCCGCGCCUGUGCACAACGGUGCCUCUCCCAGCGACCCGUUUCGACCUCCGGAAUGGAUUAUGGUCGCAAAUAGAGGUUCCACUGUAGUAGAAAAGGUUUCAUCAAAGCUUUUGAGGUAAACCUUUAAAAACAGGAUUACUAAGCUUUUAAUAACAAACACCAAAUAAUGUCGGAGUGUGAUGUCAGAUUGCAACAGCAGUUGACUUUCCCCCCCCAAUCUCAGGCUUGACACCCCUUUGUGAAAACAUGCCCAGUGGGAAGGCAAACAAGCCUGGAGAUGUCGUGAAGGCCAUGAAUGGGAAAACAAUUCAGGUAUGUUUUUAAGAUGCUUGUGUAAGCAAAGGAGGUUUGAGCUGCAUUUGGACUGGUGGUAUCACAUUAAGCUGAGCGAGACAAUUAGUUUUUAAUGCUCUCUUGUGCAUUAAAAAUUCAGCCCUUCUUGCAGUUGGAACUAGAGCAACAAGGAAUGGGCUGGUUUCAACCCUUUCUCUCUGAUGAGGUGAAUUUCGUUUUAAAAUUAGCAGUGAGUUUUUAGCGCAAAGGGAUGCUGUAACAGAAGUUGCACCCAAUCACAUGCAGUCUAAAUUGACUCGGUCCCCAUUCGACCACCUCAUUUUGCUUCCAAGGGCCCAUGCUAGGAGCCCUUAGUAAAGGUAAAGGGACCCCUGACCAUUAGGUCCAGUCGUGACCGACUCUGGGGUUGUGGUGCUCAUCUCACUUUAUUGGCCGAGGGAGCUUCUGGGUCAUGUGGCCAGCAUGACUAAGACGCUUCUGGCGAACCAGAGCAGCGCACGGAAACACCGUUUACCUUCCCGCCGGAGCGGUACAUAUUUAUCUACUUGCACUUUGAUGUGCUUUCGAACUGCUAGGUUGGCAGGAGCAGGGACAGAGCAACGGGAGUUCACCCUGUCAUGGGGAUUCGAACUGCCGACCUUCUGUGGUUUAGGCAAGUCCUAGGCUCUGUGGUUUAACCCACAGCGCCACCCGCGUCCCAGGAGCCCUUAGGCAAAUUAUUAUUCCUCAGCCUCCCCUCCUCUCUCCAUUCACGGUGUGAGUGGAAAACAAUACUGGUGCUGGCCAACUUUAUAUGGCUACUGUCAGAUUGCUAAGAGAGUAUGUGUGAGGAGUCUUGAACGCUAUAAAGGGCUAUUGAAAUGCUAAGCUAUUGGCUGGUUAAUUAAUUUUUUAUGACAUAUAUUACUUUUAAUUAAAUCGUCAAAACCAGAGGCCUUCUUAUUGGGAAUCACAGGAUCGGAUAUUCCUCCGAAGGCGAAAUAUAUUUUUCUAUAUGCUACCGUUGCCGUGAGGAUUUUAAUUGCGAGUAAUUGGAAAAGUGAUAAAACCCCUUCGAGGUCAGAAUGGCUACAGAAACUAGUAGAGUACGCAGAAUUAGCCAAGUUAACUGAAAGAAUUAAAGAGAAGUCCAAACAAGUAUUUAUUACAAAAUGGGAACCUCUUAAAAACAACUGUGGAAGUCUAAACUCGGUCGCUGCUUUUGAAUAACCUCUGUAGUUGUACUAAGUAAGAAAUAAAGAUACAGGAGAAAUGAUAUUUUACUGUAAAAUGAAUAGAUAAAGGUAAAGGGAACCCUGACCAUUAGGUCCAGAGUCGUGGCCGACCCUGGGGUUGUGGCGCUCAUCUUGCUUUAUUGGCCAAGGGAGCCGGCAUACAGCUUCCAGGUCAUGUGGCCGUGCAGAGCAGUGCACGGAAACGGCGUUUACCUUCUUGCCGGAGCGGUACCUAUUUAUCUACUUGCACUUUGGCGUGCUUUCGAACUGCUAGGUGGGCAGGAGCAGGGACCGAGCAACGGGAGCUCACUCCGUCACGGGGAUUCGAACUGCCAACCUUCUGAUUGGCAAGUCCUAGGCUCUGUGGUUUAACCCACAGCACCACCCACGUCCCUUCAAAAUAAAUAGAUAGGUUUAUGCAGAAAGUUAGUAGACUAUAAAUGAAGUAUGGAGAAGACGGGAAGUCAAUGAAUUACAAGAAGAUUUAUUGUCAAUUAUAUAAAUUUAUCUUUUUUGGUUAAUGGUGUAAUUUGUAACAAAUGACGUAAAUACUCUUUUUUGUAUUUUGUUGGUGUGUAAGAACAAAUAAAGCAAAAAAUAAUAAUCAUUCUCUUAUUUUGGGGGGUGUUCCUCAUCUUGAAAGGUUGACAACACAGAUGCAGAAGGAAGGUUGGUCCUGGCAGAUGCUCUUUGCUAUGCACACAGUUUUAAUCCACGAGCCAUUGUAGAUGCUGCUACAUUAACAGGUACCUGUUUUUAUUUAUUUCUUUGAAGUUUCUGGCUUCCACAUUCAACUCCAGAUGUGGAAUAGUGUUGGGAUGAUCCCCAGACCAUGCUAAACUAGUUUAGCGCUACAUGUAUGGUUUCAGCAAGCAUAAAGUGCUUUGCCCGAGCCUCUUCUGGGGAGGAUAAAACUUAAACACAAUGCAGAAUUGCCCCCAAAUAGUCCAGAGGCCAUUGUAUUUCAUCCAGCAGAGCUUUUACUGCUGCUGAAGGCAAAUGAACAUGAUGGUCACAAAUCCAGUACAUUCAGGAUUGGCACAGUCCAUAAGAAAUCCAGUUGCAGCACUUACAGUGAAACUUAACAAUACUUAUAAUAAGACUAAACCUUAGCACUACAGCACACCAGAACAAAGAGAUAGAAAGAGAAAGUGAGUGAGUAAAACCCAGGCUCCCUCUGGCCUGAUUAUUAUAGUCAGCAUGACCUUGACAGAAAGAUAACAGAACCAGUUUAAAGCAGCUGUACUCAGCUUCCCAGAAGAAAUAACCCAAACAAAAACCUUCUGCCUGUUUCUUUCACACUUUCUGUAACCCUCUUGAAUUAAGUACAGUGAGAAGCACAUCAGAUCAGUACGAAGAAAUGCAAACUGACAGUAUCAGGCUCACGUUCUCCCAUGUAGCCAAGAGGAUUUAUGCCAAGUUGACUUUCUUCAACAAAUCUUGACUUAGCAUUACUCACAGACCAAGAAUCCUGGUUUAAAACAAAAGUUACUUAAACAAGCCAAGAUUACAACCCAUGAUUAAGAGUGUUUGCAACUAAGCAUUAUUUGUUUUGAACUAGACUGUAGAUAGGAAUGCAUUGCAUCUUCAGGAACAAACCAAAGUCUGACACAAUCCCAUGUAUAAAUAUGUAAGAUUAUGCCUUCUGUAGGUCAUAGAAAUGUGUUUAGAAGCAGAGAGCAAAAGAGAUUGUUGUAACUCCCUAUGAAAUGAUGGGUUAAUAACUUGAUCUGUGUAAUAUUGUAUAGGUGCCAUGGAUAUCGCACUAGGAUCUGCAGCUACUGGGGUUUUCACCAAUUCACACCAGCUGUGGAACUAUCUGUAUGAGGUAUGUUUGCAGCACAGAUGAACAGAUGUGAAGAUGGCUACUAACUUAAAGGGCUUUAAAGAAAGGACCAGUGUUAAAACUUAGGUCUACAGCUGUUGUUGGACUACAACUCCCAUCAUCUCUAGCCAUCAGGACCAGCGGUCAGGGAUGAUGGGAGUUGUGGUCCCAGCUGAAGGUCCAAGUUUGAGAAGAAACUCUAUUAGACCAAUAUUAUUGGGAACCUGUCAACAACUGUUAACCACAAAAGCUGAAAAAAUGGAACCUGUUUGGAAGGUUAUAAACCUCUUGUGAACUAGGUGUUGAGAGCAAGCUCCCAGCUUCUUUUAGCCAUUCCCAGAGUGUUGUGCUAGAUUAAUCUUUUCCUCCGUUACGUUUUACUAAGUUUCAGCAUUCUAAACAUAUACAAUCAAAACACAAUUUUGUCUUUUCUGUUAUUUUUAUUGACUUCCCACCCCGUUUUCCAUGGAGCUUUGUUUCUUUCCUUCGGCUACACACUAUCUUCUAUCAACUAAUUCAUAACCACAAUAUUAUAAUCUAAUUACUUCUGUUGCUUAUAGCUCAAGCAUGCUCACAUCAUACUAUAUUCUUCCACAAGGCACUCAAUAUUAGAUUUUCUUAAUUUUGCUGUUAUUUUUGCCAGUUCUGCAUAGUCUAUUAUCUUACUUAUCCAUUCUUCUUUGGUUGGAACUUCUUCUUCCAUUUUGUGCUAGAUUAAUCUUUUACCUGAUGCACAAGGCCAUUCUAAAAUGCUAUGCAAGAACCUUUUAAUUGUGAAACAUAAUUAUAUUGCACUAUAGUAUUAAUUACCAUGCUCAGGUCUCUUUGAUCCUGUCUCAUUCAUUGAUGUCGUGGAGAAAAUGGCAGCUAAAAUCAUUCUUAAAUGUUGCUAAAAGUGUUUCUGUUUUUGCUGAUGAUUUUAAUAUUUCAUUGUAAACUGCUUAGGUUUCAUUACAACCAAGUAAAUGGUUUAUGCCCUUAAAGUGAAACAAUCGUAUAUGUUGAAGUUUUUCAUGCUACUGACUUCCUUUACUCACAAGGCAUUUGCAUUUGUAGGCUAGCAUCUUGACAGGAGACCGUGUUUGGAGGAUGCCUCUCUUUGAACAUUAUACAAAACAGAUGACGGACUGUCAGCUUGCGGACAUCAACAACCUUGGAAAAUACAGGUAAAGGUAAAGGGACCCCUGACCAUUAGGUCCAGUUGUGGCCGACUCUGGGGUUGCGGUGAUCAUCUCGCUUUACUGGCCGAGGGAGCCGGUGUACAGCUUCCGGGUCAUGUGACCAGCAUGACUAAGCCGCUUCUGCCGAACCAGAGCAGCACACAGAAACACCAUUUACCUUCCCACCGGAGCGGUACCUAUUUAUCUACUUGCACUUUGCCGUGCUUUCAAACUGCUAGGUUGGCAGGAGCAGGGACCAAGCAACGGGAGCUCACCCCAUCGUGGGGAUUCAAACCACCGUGGGGAUUCUGAUUUGCAAGCCCUAGGCUCUGUGGUUUAGACCUGCAGCCAAUCAGAAGCCGUGCUUUGUUUUCCGAAUAUUUUGGAAGUUGAAUGGACUUCCGGAAACGAUUCCAUUCGACUUCCAAGGUACAACUGUAACUUGCAAUCAGCCAAUAUUUUUUUUAAAAAAAAGAUGUUUGAGGUGGGUUUGUAAAUCAUGGCUUGUGGUAACUAUGGCCUGGCAUCGUGAUAAACCAUAGUUACAGCUAUUAACUCUGCUUCCGGAGGCUACUGUACCAUGAAGAUGAGAGUGUACUUACAAAGUUGAGUGCUGAGAGGAGAAAAUCAAAGCAGGCAAACCAGUUUUUCUUUUGCACUUUUGGAAGCACAAGUUAUGGUUUGAAUUUGAAACUAUUGCUGGUGCAAACCAUGGUUUGAUGAUAUGUCUGAAUUGAGCCUCCUUGGUGCUGUACAGUUUAAUUUAUAAUUCUUUACUCCUACAAGUAAACAGAUAAAAGUAAUCCACUCAUAUUUUAUGUUUCUUUCCCAUUAGAUCUGGUGGCGCAUGUACAGCUGCUGCAUUCCUGAAAGAAUUUGUGACCGCCCCUCAUUGGGCUCACCUAGAUAUUGCAGGUGUGAUGGGAAAUAAAGAUGAGAUUCCCUACCUUCGUAAGGGCAUGGCAGGACGGCCCACAAGGACUCUAGUAGAGUUUGUUGCUCAACUGAGUCAAGACAAGCAGGCAUUCAGAAAAUAGUUAGAUGUUAAAAUCAGUUUGAGUUAAUUUCAAAACUGCUGAAGCAGUGUGUGUAUUAAUUAAGCAGGAAGGGAAAGAAAAAUAUCCACAACAUGGAUUUUUCAGCGUAUUUCUAAAUGCAGUGAUGAACUGCAAAUUUAUUUUGUUAAAAAAAACCUUACUGAGCAAGGAUCUCUUAUACUUCCCUUUUUUAUGAUGAACAGACAUACGAAUAUUCUGUUUAGACCUUUAAUAUUGAAGGAGAGAUCACUUUGAACUAUCAUGUUUUGCAACUUGAAUGGAAACUAUAAAAUUGUCACAAUAAAUAUCUAUUUGAAAAC